AUGAUGUUAACAAUGAAACUUGUUCAUCCUCUCCACCAUUACUCUCUCUCUUUCUCCCUUCCUUUACCAUCAUCAAGAAGAAGGCAAUCCAAACCGUACCAGUGCUCGUUACCGUCUCCUGACGGCGAAAGGUUAAUCAGAUCAGAGACUGUUGUUUCUCCGAGCUAUGAAGGAAGAAGGGUUUUACUUGGAUCACUCCUCUCUGCCGCUUCUGGGAUUCUCUUAACUGAUUCAUCCGAGGCUGUAAGCACCAGUAGAAGAGCUCUACGUGCAUCUAAGAUUCCGGACAGCGAAUUCACCACUCUCCCCAAUGGUCUCAAGUACUAUGAUAUAAAAGUUGGCACUGGAGCAGAAGCUGUGAAAAGAUCUCGGGUCGCAGUUCACUAUGUUGCAAAAUGGAAAGGGAUAACUUUCAUGACAAGUCGACAAGGACUCGGCGUUGGAGGUGGAACGCCUUACGGGUUUGACGUUGGACAAUCAGAGAAAGGGAAUGUUCUGAAAGGACUUGACAUUGGCGUUGAAGGGAUGCGUGUAGGUGGUCAGAGAUUGGUGAUUGUUCCUCCCGAGCUUGCGUAUGGGAAGAAAGGAGUGCAAGAGAUUCCUCCAAACGCAACAAUCGAGCUUGACAUUGAGCUCCUAUCAAUCAAACAGAGUCCUUUCGGGUAUGUGAAAUCAAUUAUCUAA